GAGAUGCAGGCGUGGUUCUCCGGCUCCGGGCCCUCGCCCUCCUCCUCCUCGGCGGCGGCGUCUUCCCAGCCGCCGUCGCUGCUCGCGGAGUGGAACUCCUACGCCGCAGCCCGCUCCUCCGAGGAGGAUGUCGGCGGGGGCUUCGGGAUCGACAUCGAGGCCGCCGUCCGCUCCGCCAAUGACAGCGUCGCCGGCACCUUCGGCGUGUUCUCUAAAGGUGUUCGAGGGUUGCCGGGCAGCUUCCAGUCCUCAACAAGCAGUGUUCCAUCUGGCAAAUCUCUCAUGUAUUUUGGUCUUUUUCUCGCCAGUGGCAUUUUCCUAGUUUUCAUCGCAUUCACAAUAUUUCUGCCGGUCAUGGUUAUAAUGCCGCAAAAGUUCGCGAUCUGUUUCACGAUGGGUUGUGCCUUCAUAAUUGGAUCAUUCUUUGCAUUGAAAGGGCCAAAGAAUCAGCUAUAUCAUAUGAUUUCCAGAGAGAGGUUGCCUUUCACUAUUGGAUUUGUUGGCAGCAUGUGCGCUACCAUCUACGUGUCAAUGGUGCUCCAUAGCUACAUACUAUCUGUUUUCUUCUCUUGUAUCCAGAUCCUUGCGCUAGCAUAUUAUGCUAUCUCUUACUUCCCUGGUGGGUCUGCUGGAAUGAAGUUCCUGUCAUCUACCCUUGUGGCCUCAGUGCUGAGAUGCUUCGGGCGAUGAGACGGGCAGUCAGUUGCUCUCACCCAUCAGUCUCAGCCUGUAUUCAUCAUAACCUUCUGUAGUUACAUUACAGUUUUGCUUUUGCUUUUGACAUAGAGAUAGUGCCUAUCAAGAUGACCCUGGAGCUUGUGCCCAUUGAUAUACAUGUGCAACUUUUACUAGUAGUAUUGCUUCCAUGGAGAAGCCCUAUAUCAGAAGUCUCUUCAUUGGGUUCAGUGUAAUGGAAAUUUAACAAAGAGCCA